UGUGUGUAUGUGUGUUGGUGGAUGUGAGUACGGGGAAGCAGCGGCCGCCAUUUCAGAGAGCUUGCCGAAGCUGUCGCAGGGGUGGAUCCUGAGCUGCCGAAGCCGCCGUCCUGAACUUCCGCGCGGGCUCCUCUAAUCCCAUUGUUUCUUUUAGAUUCGCUCGGGCCUAUCCGCCCUCGGAGCCCGAAAUUCGGGCUGGGCGGUACCGCGGCCUGGGCCUAGCGGCUUAACAGUAGCAACAGCGGCAGCAGCAGCGCCCCCCCCCCCUUUCCGAAUACAAGCACCCCAGGGGCCCGAAAGCCCGCACAGGCGAUUAGAGAAAAUGGCAGACGAUAUUGAUAUUGAAGCAAUGCUUGAGGCUCCUUACAAGAAGACUUGCCUAACGAUAUCUCACCUCUACUCCCAUGAAUUCACCUUUGAUUCCAGUGUGAACUGUCAAUCAUAAGGAUGAGAACAAGUUGAGCAGUGCUAACGGCCAUGAAGAACGUAGCAAAAAACAAAGUUUCUGCCUCCUUGGAAAGCUCUACAUCUCCUUGUGAUUGGAGUGUGGGUUUCAAGAUUCCAGAAGGAGGAAAAAAAGCAAGAGCAGAAGUCGUAGUCAUGAACGGAAAAGAAGCAAAAGUAAGGAACGGAAACGAAGUAGAGAUAGAGAAAGGAAAAAGAGCAAAAGCCGUGAAAGGAAGCGAAGUAGGAGCAAAGAAAGGAGGCGGAGCCGCUCAAGAAGUCGAGAUCGCAGAUUCAGAGGCCGCUACAGAAGUCCUUACAGACGACGUUCCCGAAGCAAAAGUCCAUUCAGAAAAGACAAGAGCCCUGUGAGGGAACCUAUUGAUAAUCUAACUCCUGAAGAAAGAGAUGCAAGGACAGUUUUCUGCAUGCAGCUGGCAGCAAGAAUUCGGCCAAGGGAUUUGGAAGAGUUUUUCUCUACAGUAGGAAAGGUUCGAGAUGUGAGAAUGAUUUCUGAUAGAAAUUCAAGACGUUCCAAAGGAAUUGCAUAUGUGGAGUUUGUUGAUGUUAGCUCAGUGCCUCUAGCAAUAGGAUUAACUGGCCAACGUGUUUUAGGAGUGCCAAUCAUAGUACAAGCAUCACAGGCAGAAAAAAACAGAGCUGCAGCAAUGGCGAACAAUCUACAAAAGGGAAGUGCUGGACCUAUGAGGCUUUAUGUGGGCUCGUUACACUUUAACAUAACUGAAGAUAUGCUUCGGGGAAUCUUUGAGCCUUUUGGAAGGAUUGAAAGUAUCCAACUCAUGAUGGAUAGUGAAACAGGUCGAUCUAAGGGAUAUGGAUUUAUUACGUUUUCUGAUUCAGAAUGUGCCAAGAAGGCUUUGGAACAGCUUAAUGGAUUUGAGUUAGCAGGAAGACCAAUGAAAGUUGGUCAUGUUACUGAACGUACUGAUGCUUCCAGUGCUAGCUCAUUCUUGGACAGUGAUGAACUGGAAAGGACUGGAAUUGACUUGGGAACAACUGGUCGUCUCCAAUUAAUGGCAAGACUUGCAGAAGGUACAGGUUUGCAGAUUCCACCAGCAGCACAGCAGGCUCUACAAAUGAGUGGCUCUUUGGCAUUUGGUGCUGUGGCAGAAUUCUCUUUUGUUAUAGAUUUGCAAACAAGACUUUCUCAACAGACUGAAGCUUCAGCUUUAGCUGCAGCUGCCUCCGUUCAGCCUCUUGCAACACAGUGUUUCCAACUUUCUAACAUGUUUAACCCUCAAACAGAAGAAGAAGUUGGAUGGGAUACAGAGAUUAAAGAUGAUGUGAUUGAAGAAUGUAAUAAACAUGGAGGAGUUAUUCAUAUUUAUGUUGACAAAAAUUCAGCUCAGGGCAACGUGUAUGUGAAGUGCCCAUCAAUUGCUGCAGCCAUUGCUGCUGUCAAUGCAUUGCAUGGCAGGUGGUUUGCUGGUAAAAUGAUAACAGCAGCAUAUGUACCUCUUCCAACUUAUCACAACCUCUUCCCUGAUUCUAUGACAGCAACACAACUACUGGUUCCAAGUAGACGAUGAAGGAAGAUAUAGUCCCUUAUGUACAUAGCUUUUUUUCUUUCUUGAGAAUUCAUCUUGAGUUAUCUUUUAUUUAGAUAAAAAUAAAGAGGCAAGGGUCUACUGUCAUUUGUAUACAAUUCCUGUUACCUUGAAAAAAUAAAAAUGUUAACAGGAAUGCAGUGUGCUCAUUAUCCCUAACUAGCAAAUCCCACUGUAUACAAAGCUGUUCUCUUGUUCUGCCUUUUAAAUGUACAUGUAGAAAUUUACAUUAAGGAUCUAUAGGAAUAGCUCUAGGGGGGGGAACAGAUGUGCUUAAUGUAAAAAGGCAGACAGGGAUGUAAUUAUGUUUUUAAUGUUUCAGAAGCCUAACUUUUUACACAGCAGUUACAUUACACGUUUCACUAAUGUUGAUACUUGGCUAAUGGUUUAGCAGAGGUUUCUGGAGUACACAUUUAGUGUAUGGAAAUUCAAGACAGCUAAAGGGCUGUUUGAUUAACAUCUCAUCUUGCAUCGUGAUCAAUUGGCAAGAAAAGGAAUUUUCAAGAUUACAUUUCUGGAUGCUAUCUUUUCAAUUAAUGUAUCUGUAAAAGUUUCUUUGUAAAUAUUAUGUGUUCUGAUGUGUCUAAGAUUCCAAACAAAAUGAUCCCUGCAUUUCCUCAAGAUGUUUAGUGACAGUCUGGUAAGCAGAGCAGUCUGAGCAAGAAAUAGGAAAUGCAGAAAUAGGUUUUGUCUGGUUGCAUAUAAUCUUUGCUCUUUUUAAGCUCUGUGAGCUCUGAAAUAUAUUUUUGGGUUACUUCAGUGUGUUUGACAAGACAGCUUGAUAUUUCUAUCAAACAAAUGACUUUCAUAUUGCAACAACCUUUGUAAGAACCACUCAAAUAAAAUUCUCUUAAAAAGGCCA